GAACAAUAUUUCCCUCAUUUCUCUACAGAUUUCUAUAAUCAUUUUCUGGUUUGAUUUUUCUUGGAGCUUCUUGUGACAGCUCCAAGAUAAGGUCAAUCUCUUUGCUUUCUUCUCGCAUGUUAAACCGACUUUUGGUCGAAUUCUUGAGUUUCAAGGAAAAUUGAAGAUUGAUAAAUUAUAAUAUUUUUCUUUGAGUGCAUUUAUUUAUGUUGAUCAUGGUAUCAAUAAAAGCAAGUUUGGAUAAUAUUGGGAUUCGACAAAGGUUGAGAUUUUAAUUCUGAGCAAUAUCUUACGUUUAUUAAUUUUUGAUGGGGAAUACAUGCUCGGGACCCACUUUGAACAAAGAUUCAGCAGAUUCAUCAAAGACAGAAGCAAAAGGUUCUGAUUCUGUUAGCUCUAAUGUCCAGAGCACCCCUCCUCCCCAUCUUCAGAUACCUGGGGAUCAGCCUCAGGAUGACAAAUCAAGAAAUUCCCAAAAGGGUGUCAAAGUGGAAGACACUAAUAAAAACAGCAGUGCAAAUGGCAAUGAUACCGUUACCAAUAAGCCAGUGGAGGAUGUGAAAAGAAACAAGUCUAGUAAUCUUAAGCGAGUAUUGAGUGCAGGGCUUCAAGUUGAAUCUGUUUUGGGACGAAAAACAGGCAAUUUGAAAGAAAUUUAUACUUUAGGAAGGAAACUAGGACAAGGGCAAUUUGGAACAACGUUUUUUUGCGUGGACAAAGCUCAAGGAAAGGAAUUUGCAUGCAAGUCAAUUGCUAAAAGGAAGUUGACAACUGAUGAGGAUAUAGAGGAUGUAAGGAGAGAGAUUCAGAUAAUGCACCACUUGGCAGGGCACCCUAGUGUUGUACAGAUUGUUGGGGCUUAUGAGGAUGCUGUUGCUGUUCAUGUCGUAAUGGAGCUUUGUGCUGGUGGGGAGCUUUUCGAUAGGAUUAUUAAAAGGGGGCAUUAUUCAGAGAAGAAGGCUGCUGAACUUGCAAGAGUAAUAGUAGGUGUUGUAGAAGCAUGCCAUUCAUUGGGAGUUAUGCAUAGGGACCUCAAACCUGAGAACUUCCUUUUUGUCAACGAGCAAGAGGAGUCGCCGUUAAAGACCAUUGACUUUGGGUUAUCUAUGUUCUUUAGACCAGGUGAAACCUUCACCGAUGUCGUUGGAAGCCCUUACUAUGUGGCCCCAGAAGUCUUGCGGAAGCGUUAUGGUCCAGAAUGUGAUAUUUGGAGUGCUGGAGUCAUUAUUUAUAUACUUCUUAGUGGUGUGCCUCCAUUUUGGGAUGAAACGGAGCAAGGAAUAUUUGAACAGAUUGUGAAAGGGGAACUUGACUUAGUAUCAGAACCUUGGCCAGCUAUAUCAGAAAGUGCAAAAGAUCUGGUCAGAAGAAUGCUUGCGAGAGACCCCAAAAAGCGGUUGACAGCUCAUGAAGUUCUCUGUCACCCGUGGGUCCGUGUAGGUGGGGUUGCUCCAGAUAAGCCUCUUGAUUCUGCUGUUCUUACUCGUCUCAAUCAAUUUUCUGCAAUGAAUAAAUUAAAGAAGAUAGCAAUCAGAGUUAUUGCUGAAAAUCUGUCUGGAGAGGAAAUUGCAGGACUGAAGCAAAUGUUCAAAAUGAUAGACGCAGAUAACAGUGGACAUAUUACGCUAGAGGAACUGAAAAAGGGUCUGGAAAAAGUGGGUGCCAAUCUUAAGGAUUCAGAAAUUAAUAGUUUAAUGCAAGCGGCAGAUAUGGAUAAUAGUGGUACCAUUGACUAUGGCGAGUUUAUCGCUGCUAUGCUCCAUCUAAACAAAGUUCAGAAGGAGGAUCACAUGUAUGCCGCCUUUUCAUAUUUUGAUCAAGAUGGUAGUGGAUAUAUUACACAGGAAGAGCUCCAACAGGCUUGUGAGAAGUUUGGUUUGAGCAAUAUUCCCAUGGAAGAACUUAUGUGUGAAGUCGAUCAAGAUAAUGAUGGGCGCAUUGAUUACAAUGAAUUUGUAGCAAUGAUGCAAGACACAGGUUUUGGUAAGAAUGGUAACAAAAGAGUGUGAGCAUUGGCAUUGUGGAGGCCUUAGAAUCCGGCUUGCUAGGCCCUUUAUUUGAUCACAAAGUACUACUGCAGAUACCGUGGAAGCAGAUAUGAACUUUGAGUUUCUGGUGUUUCGCUGAGUCUCCAGUUUUAUUGCUUUGGAUCAAAUUUGCAUUUUCAGCACAAGUAAUGCAUGAUAGUCCUACGUCCAAACCCAAUGCUUUUCUGUCCUUACCUUUAGGCGUAGACAUAAUAUCAGCCUUGUUUCACUCACUUAGAUGAAUUUUCAUGUGUAUUACAUUCUUUCUUUGUAUAGUACUAAUGAAUUACAUUUUGGAGAGUCUUUAACUUCUUCUCUUGUUAAAACUGCUUGUUAUAGUAACGAGUAGUGGCUUCUCUCUUUUGAGACACAAUAUUAUUUCUUCCCCUUUCUCCUCAA